CUUCUAUGAUUCUGCAAGCAGCACAGGAUACAUUUCUUGGCGUCUAAAAACAGUCCAGAGGAAGAUUCGUCAAGGAUCUGCAGUGCCACCAAAUAGCGCUAUUUGCUCUUCUCCAGGAGGCCCAAAUUUCCAAAGAACUGUUCAUGUUGAAAGGCAGCUUGAUGGUGAUGCUUGCCAAGAGGCCAUGUCUUUGCUCAACCAUACCACAGACAAUUCCCUGAUUUUCCAGAAGAUGAGAGAGACCUUUCUGCACCGUCAGAAGCUCGUUAAUGACCCAGGCAGAAGUGUUGAUAUCCUCUCCAGCUUCCCAAGAUUCCUGGAUACAAAAGGAUUGGUGGACCAAGACUUCACUCUCCUAUUUGAUGAUGACACAUCCUCCAGGCUUCUUCAGAAAUGGGAUUUGUUCUUCAAGCCAAAUGUCAUAAAAGAGGCUAAGCAGCUCACUUCAACACCAGAGUUGCGUCACUUGGUGCAGUCAGCAGAAAGUCCCCAAGGAGAUGAUCUUGAUGAGGAAACAACCUACGACCAAGAAAUGGCCUCUCUGUUGUUGCUGUUACAUCUCCUUCCACCACCUCCAGGGGGACUGAAGUCUCCAAAAAUUAGUGCAUCUGAUGCAGUUGAGAGACUUGUUGUCUUUCAUAAGUCAUGCUGCAGUUUGGAGGAGCAUCUCCGCAACCAGCAGGGUCGACAGCCAUACCUCCUUGCGGUCGGGAGUCAGAAGAGCAAGAUUGACAGCUUCUACAUCACCAUGGAUAAGCAUCUCAUCCCAUGCAAGGCAAUCCGCUUCCUCGGGGCAUGCGAUGAACUUUUCAAAGCACAUUUUGUGUUUAAUUUGUCUUACGAUGUGGCACUAGUGAAUUUUUACACGUUCUUGCAGACAACAGUGUAUAACAUUGAUGUGGGGAAAAUGAAGGAGUCGCCCAGACUUAGAGAAUUGAGAGCGAGACUGCUUAACCAUCCAGGAGCACUUACACCUUGUGAAUAAGAAUACUUUUGGUUGGAGAUCACGUAAUUUUUUUGUCUAAUAAGCUAUUUACAGAGGGUGUGGAAAGAUGUAUAUUAAAAAGUGUGGAAAGAUGUCUAUGAAAAAUGUCUGAGCUUAGAUUUGAUAAACCUUUUGA